AUGGUAUUCAUUUCGCCUCCCUUCGACGUCACAUGCCUCACAGCAUAUCUCCUGGCUCCAUUGAACGACAACGAGCUCGCAAAAGUCAAGACAGAAUUUGAACUCGGCGCCUGCUCUCGAUUCCAGCCAUUGCUCGAGCUCAAGAUCAUAAGACCUCCCGAUGAUUACAUCGGCAAAUCCCAUCAAUACAUGCGCGCCAAAGAAAACGAAGCAGGCCGAGAAUCCCCAUUCGUCGUCAUUGACGAAGAUGCAGUGAAGAGGAGUGCAGUCUGGUACGUGGAUGCCUUUGCCGACGACGAAAUGGUGGAAGAGGGACAAGCAGAAAGUACACAAGUGGUCGUGAAGAUCCUUGUGAAGACCGAAUGCCUGGCUCUGACGUACAUCAACUACGAGAUUGCCAAUAUCGACAUCGACGAGGAUCUGGACAAUGCUGAAGUGGAGCGACCGUUGAAGAAUGAUUUCUUCCAGCCCUUGGUAUCGGAUUGCGGUGGAAUGGAUAUGAGAGAGCAACAGCGUGAUCAAGACGUGGAAGUGACGGCUGGACCAGGUGAAUUUGAGGAGACUAGGGAGAGAGCUCUGCUUGAGAACUUCUCUCCCCAGCCAGAAAAGUUGGGGAAGCUCAAGGACGAGAUUGCGCGGGCUGCUGGUCUACUCGCAGCGUGGACCUUUGUUGAUGAGGCGCAGCCGAUGAUCAUGCCUGAUGGUUCACAGAAGACGUUUCCGGUGGGAAGUGUUGUGCUUCAGCAGAAGUACGAUCCAGAUUUCCCGUGGCCGGAGUACAAGUGGCCAGAGGGUUCAUUGUAG